CUUUGUGCGUGUGGGUGGCUCAUGAGUUUUCGGGGCUGGCUCGGCGUCGCUAAACUGCUGCCCGCCUCCUGCAGUCGUCGUCCGAUUCUCGUCACCGCCAGUCCGAAAACAAACACGCGUGUUGCUGUGAACAUGGCGGAGGAGGCGAAGAAACUAGCCGCCUACGCUGCGGUGGACAACCACGUGAAGAACAAUCAGGUGGUUGGAGUCGGCAGUGGCUCGACCAUCGUCUAUGCAGUGGACAGACUGGCGGCGAGAGUGCGCCAGGAGAAGAUGAACAUCAUCUGUGUGCCCACCUCCUUCCAGGCCCGUCAGCUGAUUGUGCAGCAUGGACUGAUGCUGUCGGAUCUGGACAGACACCCCGAGCUGGAUGUUACCAUCGACGGCGCGGAUGAGGUGGACGCAGAUCUGACGCUGAUCAAAGGCGGAGGCGGCUGCUUGACUCAGGAGAAGAUCGUCGCCGGCUGCGCCCGACAUUUCGUCGUCAUCGCAGACUACAGGAAAGACUCCAAAGCUCUGGGCCAGCAGUGGAAGAAGGGCGUUCCCAUCGAGGUGGUCCCCAUGGCCUACGUCCCCGUCUCUAGGAAGAUCGUCCGACUUUUCGGAGGGGAGGCCAAUUUGCGUAUGGCGGUCAGUAAAGCUGGUCCCGUGGUGACGGACAACAGCAACUUCAUCCUGGACUGGAAGUUUGAGCGCCCUCACAACUGGAAGGACGUCAACAGCGCCAUCAAGAUGAUUCCGGGGGUGGUGGAGACGGGACUGUUUGUGGCCAUGGCCGAGCGCGUCUACUUCGGCACGGAAGACGGGCGCGUGCAGGUUCGUGACGCGCCGAUCGACUGAGGACCGCAACCCGGGCUCAUCUCGCCACAUUGUACUCGUCCCGAUCGAGUCAAGUGUUUGAAUCCGAUGGAUCCGAUAUAAAGUAUGUGCCUUGACAUCGUAGCUGCAGUUGUAUUGAGAAGGAAGUCAAAUGAAGACACUUGGAUGUUGUAAUAUGAAAACCAAUGUACAGGUAGCGCUUCCUGUGUCUCCACUUCUCACACCCAAAAAAAAAAAAAAACUUGCCUCUCCACCAUCUUGUUUUUGGUGCCUGCGCCACAACUACGCCUACAUCUUCCGCUACACCAAAGUGUAUGUUUUGCACCAACUUUUUAAGAAUUCCAAACCUGACUGUGAUCGAUGAAUUUGACGGUAUCGAGUACUCCUUUGUUUUUCUAUUGCGCCAAGAACUAUUCAAAUAAACUUCAUCGUGUGA